UCUCUCUCACCACACCCCGUUCCGCCCCACCCCGCCCCCCCGUCCUUCUUUGGUCGUUUGUACCCCUCAAUCCUCUUGUCGGAUCCCGUUCUACGCGGUUUCCUGUUUCAAUCUGCCUCGGACCUUGCCGUUCUUUUGCGAUGGGUGAAAAUGGGGCGUCGAUGCUCGCAGCUAUUGUGUUCAACAUUGUGGUCUACGUACGGAUCUUCAGCGUUGUUCGAAGGUUCUCGACGGAGAUUUCCGGUGGCGCCUCCGCCGUGGGGCCGUCGGCGGAGCAGCAAAUGAGAAUGACCAAGUUUUCGAAGCGACUGGUUUGGUACCCGGCGGUACUCAUCGCCUCCUGGACGUUCGCGACCAUCAACCGCAUCCAGAACGCCAUAGACCCGGACCACCCCAUCUCCGGGCUAUUUCUGCUGCACACGAGCCUUGUAGCGUUUCAGGGUUUCUUCAACGCCCUGGUGUACGGCUCGACCGACGCCGUCAAGGCUUCGGUCGUGCAAGAGCUCCUCGUGGAACGGUGCCUAAAGGCCAGCGGGGCCUGCCGGGGCGGCAGGGGAGAGUCGGGGCAAAGAGACAACAAUGGUCUCGACCCGGAGGAUGCUGAAGACAGCUCUAUGGGCAUGGGGACGACGGGAAAUGGAAGGUACAAUGAUGAGUCUCUCGGCGGCUUUGGGGACGUCGAGAUGGACGCCACAGGCGAUCACCGGGGUAGUGCUAGCGGGGCGCGUGUGAGCGGAGUUGAUGUGACCGGCAUAUCGAACGAUCUCAAGCCCAAUGACGACGAGUCGGUCGAGGUAUAUAGCAGUACCUCCAAACAGGGCUGGUCAGCAGGGGAGAGAUGAGAUCCGAGCUUGUGUUGCGCAGCGACGACAGCCGUGCCUUUUAGCCAUCGACAUGAGUGAUUGUACACCACGGUAUUUGUUUUCUACAUGUCCAUCUGGUAAAUGACGACACAUUAUGGGCAGAAAUUGCGUCGACGUAGUGAGCCUACGCAAGCCCAACGGCUGUGUAUUGGAGACUGCGUUUUGGGUUUUUGUAUGAUACGGUUGGGCUAACCUGCUCUUGGCAGCGAAACCAAAUUUCUAUGUUCAAGCACGCGCCCGUUUUCUCAGGUUGGAUUUUACACGGUGUUCAUGGGACAAAAGCGGUGCGAAUGCCGCGACCGAUGUAGAGUGCGAUGAAGCCAGCCUACUUCUUAACUUGUAUUUUUCUCUUCGAUGAGGUGGUGUGGGGAUAAGGGAGGCGCGGCGGGGGCCCGAAUGUAGCAGAGAAUCAGGGAAACGGCCAUUCAACAAGGGUGUCGUAGGAAUAGCAAGUACAAUCCCACCUGGGACACGUAGACCUUGGCACACAGGAACAUGGCAGUGGAGUCCCUCUAGAACGAGUUCAGGCAGUGCUCCUACUUCAAUGCAUUCCACAGGAUACUGCGUUACGGAUUCAUUGUGAACGGAGUCGAACGGAGGCAUUUUUUGCCCGGAAGAAAACAGAAGUAUACUGUAGAGAAAAAUGAACCUGGCUACCCUGGCGGAUGUUAGCUUAAAGUACACAUUUCGAUUUGAGCAGACAUUUGUUUCUCCCCUAGCGAGGUGAAAGUUUGUGAAGGUGUGUGUCAUCAACGGUCAGCAGGGAUCCCAUGCGUGAUUACAAAGGGCGAUUCCUGGGCACAUGCAGACCGCCCACGAUCAUCAACAAGAAAGAACUGGGUGAUGCUACUUCGUACUAUUUGACGAC